AUGUCAACCGAUUCUUCGUCUACUCAGGGGGAACUGGAGAGCCAACUGGCUCCCAGUCUCGAAAAAGGUGCUGAGACAGAACAGGAACAAAACACACCUCAAGAAAAGCCGGUAUGGAUACCAAGCCCAGCACCGGAUGGAGGCUUAACUGCGUGGUCGGUCCUUGCUGGGUCGUGGUGUGUGUUAUUUUGCAGUUUUGGAUGGAUUAAUAGUGUUGGUACCUUUCAGAAUUAUUACCAGUCAACACUCUUAAACCAAUAUUCAUCUAGCACAAUCGCAUGGAUUCCAUCGUUACAAAUAUUCUUCAUGUUUGCCACGGGCCCUAUCAUCGGCCAACUCUACGACCGAUACGGGCCACGUUACUUGCUCUUGGUCGGAUCAUUGCUGCAUGUAUUUGGUCUUAUGAUGACUUCCAUAUCCACACAGUACUAUCAAGUUCUGCUUUCCCAAGGAGUUGUUAGUGCUAUUGGAGUUGCGACAGUUUUUCAACCUUCACUCAACGUUAUACCGGGUUGGUUCGAUAAAAAGCGUGGUAUUGCUUAUGGUAUCGCUGCUAGUGGUUCUAGCAUUGGUGGAAUCAUCUUUCCUAUAAUGGUUCAGAAGCUGAUUGUCCAAGUCGGAUAUGGCUGGUCAAUGCGCAUUGCUGCAUUCAUGAUUCUUGGUCUUCUCACCAUCUCCAACUUGACCAUUAAGUCUCGUUUUCCUCCACAGCCUCGGUCUAUGACAAGGGAGGAAUUGGUGCAGCCAUUCCGGGAGUUCAAUACAGUUGUGGUCAUUUGUGGAUUUCUUCUUCUAACUUUUGGCAUUUUUAUCCCAGUCGACUAUGUUGUCGUCGAGGCUCUUGGAACAGGGAUGGAUCCGAAUCUCGCUCAGUAUUUGCUUGCCAUGCUGAACGCUGGGAGUCUCUUUGGACGAUUAAUUGCCGGUGCCCUAGCCGAUACCUUAGGGGCAUACAACAUCUUCUCAUUCGUAUGUUAUGUAUCCGGAAUUUUGGUUCUCGCUCUCUGGAUUCCUGCCAGCAGCAAUGCGGCUGUGAUUGCCUUUGCAGUCAUUUUCGGCUUUACGUCCGGAGCAUAUGCCUCGCUGAUUGCGAAUUUGAUCGUCAAAAUCUCACCAAAUUUUAAAGUCAUCGGGUACCGCACCGGUCUGGCAUUCUUGUUCGCUUCAAUUGGCGGCUUGACGACCAACCCGAUUGCCGGGGCUAUCCUUCAGCACGAUAAUGGCUCUUACACUGGUAUGAAGAUCUUCUCUGGUGUUUGUAUUAUGGCCGGAACAACAUUGGUGUUUGUUGCUAGAUUGCAUCAAACCGGGUAUAAGUUGGUGGCCAAAUUCUAA